UAUUCCCAGGUCAUCUCAAAACAAGCUUGCGAAAGUAACUUUUAUUCGCUUGAUGUCCUUGUUGUCUCGGAGGCUUACUGCUGACUACGAUCUCCUUUUCUAGCUCUUUCUGAACUCUUACUGGCUGAUUCAAUUCAGCUGUUCUGGCUCAAACGUCUCUUCAAGUCGCCUGAUUCAAUCUAGUUUGUCUCAGCUUCACAUCUAGUGCACUGCUUGGCCUGCAGCCACUCACUCACUGUUCUAGAUUGCUUUCUGUUGCUGUGAUAAAAACACUUAUCAAAGGCAGCGUGGGGAGGAAGGUGUUCUUUACAUCUUACAGGUUGGAUCUCAUCGUCAGGGAAGGAGCAGGAACCUGGAGGCAUCCCCUGAUGAGAAACCGCAUCGGAAAGAUGCUUAUUGGCUCUGCUCCCUGGCAUGCUCUGCUACUUCAGCCACUGUGGGGCACCGGACUCCGCUUUGGGCUCACCUUCUCCCCACAAAUCCCAUCUCACUGUGGAUCCCUAGCAGAGACGUCCCGGCAUCCAGGAUGCUCUCUACCCUAGAAGGGAAGAAGGCAGAAGGCCUCUACCCUGGCUGUGCCUGGGCCCAACUUUCUUUUGUGGCUCCAACUAUAGCCCACUUUGGUUUUGUAUUGUAUUUUACAGGUGUCAUUUGGGUGAAGAGCUGGAAUUACCCUUCGUCCUUGCUUUCCUUAAGCAAUACUGCACUGGGUGCACAGGGGCUGUUGGACACGGAGCCGACUGUGCAGGAAGACGGAGGCCGUUCGGUCCAUCUGGUACCCAUUUAAGUGGAAUUGCAAAGUCCCCAACUCCAGGACCUGUUUUAAGGACGAAACGCCAAGCUGCACACAUAGAGACCCGCAUGAGUAAAACCGACGUGAACCUUUCUCCCUAUUCUACCCCAGACGCGCGCGAUAGAAACAUGGCGUAACGUGCACCCGAGGCUUCAAUAGUUUUACUUCCCUGGCUCUUGGCUGCAGCCACAUCGCCACACGUCUAACGCGCUAGCGGGAGCGCGCGACGUAAGCACCGCAACUGCGCACGCGCUACGGGAGGCACUUCCGGGGACCGGCCGAACGCCGAUCUACGCAGCCGCGGCUCUAUUUCCGGCUGUCUGGGAGCACUUCCGGGAGGCUCUUCCACUAGUGAGGCGGCGUUGCUAACAGGCGGAAACCUCCAGGGAAGAUGGGGAAAGUGAGGGCGCUGCGGGCUCGUGUGCACCGGGCGGCCGUGAGACCCGACGGGGAUUCUGCACCGGGCCCUGUGCCCCGCGCCGUGGAGCCGGCGCUCCCACAAUCCCCGGCGGGCGGAGCGGGGGCGAAGGACUGGACAUUCGUUCACAAUGACAUCUUUGCCAGGACACAGAUAGACCCUAGUGCGUUGGUGCAGAGGCUGGAGCUGGACCAGAGGAGUGUGGUGUCCCUAAAGAGAGGUGCAGAGCCAAAGGCCAUUUUGCCUAAGAAGGAAAAGCUGAAGCUUCGCCGUGAGCGAUGGUUACAGAAAAUUGAAGCCAUAAAGCUGGCAGAGCAGAAGCUCAGGGAGGAACGAAAGCGCAAGGCCAUGGUGGUGGUAGGCGACCUGCACCCCCUGAGGGAUGCCCUACCUGAGCUGCAGGAACUGGAGGCCGGCCGCCAGCGGCAGCAAGCCAGACGGGUGACCAGCAAGCCCCGGCCAGUGGAGCUCAGCCGAAUGACCACAGUACAGAGGCAGCAGCUUCUUGAAGAAGAAAGGACCCGGUUUCAGAAGCUGCUGGCCAGCCCAACCUACAGAGCCAGUCCCCUGCUGGCCAUCGGGCAGCAGCUGGCACACCAGAUGCAGCUGGAAGGUGGCAAACAGCUCUGACCAAGGACAGUGUGUGCCAUGAGAUCUAGAGGACUCACACGUGGCCGGAGGUGCCGGCAGCUCUUGAAUCCCAUCCUGUACCUUCAUGGCCAACUAGCCAGCCUUGAGACCUAGGGAAGGCGAGCUAGAGCUGCCGGUGAGGACAAAUAAAAUGACUUAGGGACUGUGGCUUCCAUAGCCUGAGGACCAUCUGUGGCUUUACUUCCCACUUCAAGACAGCCACCCUGCUGACCCUGGAACAAGCCCAGGGUCCCCAGCUAGGGGCCAGAGUUGGGGUGGUUGCUCUUGUGGGGAUCUGCAAGGGCUGCACCAGUGUGAAACUAGAGGCCUGCUAAGUCGCUCGGUCCCUCUGGCCUCAGCACUCCUUCCCAGCUGUUUGGGAUCCUGGUCCCAGCAGGGCCCUCUGCCAGCCACCUUGUUUCUCGAACUGUUUGCCUUCAGCCAAGCCGCAGCUUCUUGUGGCUCUGACCUCUCUCAGCCCAGGUUACUCACUGCCUUUCCCUGCCCUGCUGUGACCAGAGAAGCAGAUGGUCCCGCCUGGAGGCAGAACAGCCCAGCCCAGGAGCCUCUUGGUUGGGUGGCAAGAAAGACCUGUGUUAGACACUAGUGAGUUCUCAGAGUAGCACCCACAGGCCCCACAGCUCAUAUGGACCCAUGCUCCACCUUAUAUCUGGGCGUGCCUGUGGCACUACUCACCCUCCCACCCCCUUACCCUCUGACAGUGCUCCCAAGCCUUUUACAAGGGUGGUCCACAUACUCAUGGCUCCUUGGCCCUGUGAGUGGAGAGCAGGCAGAACAGGUGAGCCCCCUAGGCCUGUAUGGACACCCAGGGCACUUGGUGAAUGGAAGUGGGUAAGACUGAAUAGGCCUAAACUGGGUGAGACAGAGGCAGGCAGAUCUCCAAGUACAAGGUCAGCCUGGUCUACAGAUGGAGUUCUAGGACAGCCAGAGCUACACAGAGAAACCUUGUCUUUAAUUAAUUUAAUUAAUUAAUUAAAAUAGUGAAUUGGCCUGGACACAGACUCAAGUUCCCUUCGUCAGAGGCCAUUUCAGCAGACUGCUGAGACACUGCAGCUACCUUGCUUGGGGGGCAGGACAGGCUCUCAUUAAGAGAGCCUAAACCUACCUGUGGUGCAAGCGCCGUCCAGUGUGCCUGGCACAGCUUAGGAAGUUUCCACCUUCCUUGUGUUGUGUGUAUUAAGAUUUCUAUGAUGUGGCUUCAAGCAACUCUGGUCUGGCCAUGGCGAGCACCUUUUCAGUAUGCCUCUGCUGGGGAACGUAGGCCCACCCUUCAGGGUCCUACUUGGGAGAGCAUUCCACAGGCCAGCUUCAUGUACGGGUCAGUUACAGCAGGUCAGGGGGUCACACCAACCGAGGACACUAACGUGCAGUGAGCAGGAGAGGAGCCAAGCAGACAUCACUGGGACUACCUCAGAAUCUGUGCAAAAUGUGGUCCGACGUAAGUUAUGUGUCUAAGGCUUGGCAGAGCUGCACAGCUGGCCAGAGGCUAGACACUGGGCAGGCAGGGCUCGCCCCUUCUCACCUGAGACAAAGCGUGUGUUCUCAUGUGGACGGACACAGGAAGCAGAUCCCAAGAAAGUGGUCCUCUGCUGGUCGGUGGGAGUUUGCUGGAUUUGUGUAUCUCCUGAUCUUUAUAGAAUAAACACGAGUCACAUGGUUUCUGUGAAA